GUAAAGUCUCUACUGGGCGGGGCUAAUUGGGCCAGAACACUCAAGUGAGUUCAUCGCGAGUUCUAAACGUUCUGAUCCGGAUUCGACAGAACCAACUUUUAUGAAUCUGGUUCGACAGUUAUCAUUAUUUUCAAGGUUGGUCUGUUGUCUGAUGGUUUCAUGAGAACGUCUGAGAGAGAAGAAGUCGCAUCACGUCUAUCAUGGCCGCCACUGAGGAGCAGCCGGAGAAACACUGCUGGGUGUGUUUCGCCACCGAGCGAGAUGACCACAGUGCCGAGUGGGUGAGUCCCUGCCGGUGUAAAGGCUGCACCAAGUGGAUCCACCAGACAUGUCUGCAGCGCUGGCUGGACGAGAAGCAGCGAGGCAAUGGCGGAGGAGCAGUCAGCUGUCCGCAGUGCGGCACCGAGUACAAUGUGACCUUCCCCAAGAUGGGCCCGUUGGUGUACUGCCUGCAGCAGGUGGACUGGGCCCUGUCCCGGGCCAGUCCCUUCGCUGCGGUGGGCGUGGUUGUCGGGACGGUGUACUGGUCGGCCGUCACGUACGGAGCUGUGACCGUCAUGCAGGUUGUGGGUCAUAAGAAGGGCCUGUACGCGAUGGAACGGGCUGACCCGCUGUUCCUGCUCAUGGGUCUGCCCACCAUCCCUGUGGUGCUGGUGCUGGGAAAGAUGGUCCGCUGGGAGGAUUAUAUCGUGAGACUGUGGCAGAGAUACGCGUACCAACGCAGCCUCUCGCCGGGUAAACACUCCUAUCCUCCUGUAAACCCUCCUAUCCCCGGUCACUGUGGUGUAUUUAUCUCUGUCUUUUACUUAUCUUUUUCUUUUACCCCAGGUUCCACCCGUUAUCUGCCCCGCGUCCCGGCCGACGGCCCCGGGACAGGAGACCACCUGUCCGUGUCCAGGACUCUGUGCGGCGCUCUCAUCUUCCCCUCCGUCGCCAGUCUGGUGGGACGGCUGCUGUUCCGACGCGCGACCUCCAACCUGCAGCAGACAAUACUGGGCGCCAUCGCGUUCGUGAUGAUGAAGGGAAUCAUGAAGGUGUAUUUCAAACAGCAGCAGUACGUCGCUCAGGCCAACAGACAGAUCCUCGACUACCCCGAGAGGAACGGAGAUGGACGGACGGACGGAGCGGAGGACGACGACGACACCGAGGAGGACAGUGGCAACGAGUAGCUUCACUCCUCUGGACGUAGAGACACAAACAAAUAUAUAUAUUUUAUCAUAAACCACAAAGGAGAGCUCAGGUGAGAGGAUGUGACGAGUUUUACCACGUCUGGUAAAAAAAAUCUGCCUUAAAAUGGGAAAUAAUCAAUCAGAACAAGGAACAUUUUUUUACUGUUGUUUAUUUGGAGAAAGUUCUGAAUCUGACAACAACUGUAUUUACUCACACUGUCCAUAUUCACGUUCGUCUCCGCCUUAAGUUUAUGAUUUAUUAAAACGAGAUGUCGACCUAUAUAUUUUUUUAAUAAAACAACCAAAUAAAGAUCUAAAAAAACAUGAACCUUCACCCAGGCAAAUGAGAUCGUCGGGUGUUUACACAAAACUGUCAACUCUCUGCAAAUACUUUUUCUGAUUCCUCAAACAUCUGAGAGACGUCGUGGUGAUUUACAGGAAGCAGAUUUCACAGAGCAUCUGAGCAUGUGCAGGACAAAGACACGUGUUGAUAUGAUUCAUGAUUUAUAGAUUCAGAACAAAGAGUCUGCACUUCAUUCAGAAUCCUCGCAUUUUUAAGUUUCCUUCAGUUUUUCAAUGACAGUUGACUGUUCGUCGCCGGCUUCACUGCAAACCGUUGUCAGUUUGACUGAAUAUGAACUAAUAUUUAUUUUUAAUUAAAAGCAUGGUUCAGAAGAGGUGAAUCUUUUCGACUGACAGGAAGCUCUUUAAGACUCCGACUUGCUGCAGAGUCACGUGUCGUCGGGGCGACAGAUAGUUUUACUGCACAGAUGUAAACGGGAUGUGAUUAUUUAUUGGUCUCAUGUUUUCACCUGCUCGCAGGAGGUUUAACACACGUAUUCAUAUUUUUUGUUCAGGAAAAUUAUAAGAUUUAUUCUUUGUGGAGCUCUCCAUGUAAAUAUGUCAUGUAAUACUUUUCCGAUUUCUGCUGUUAAGAUUUAAAAAAAAUAAUUUAAAAAAAGUGAGUCGAGUUAAAAUAAAAAAUGCUCUGGGUCUUUGUGUGA